CUCAGGGCGACUAUGCACUGCAGCUGUCUGGCCAGCGGCGUCCCUGCCACCCCUGGCAACUCCUGGAUCUCAGGCGUGGCCUUCCCCGACUGGGCCUACAAAGCCGAGUCGUCCCCCGGCUCCCGGCAGAUCCAGCUGUGGCACUUCAUCCUGGAGCUGCUGCAGAAGGAGGAGUUCCGCCAUGUCAUCGCCUGGCAGCAGGGAGAGUGCGGGGAAUUUGUCAUCAAGGACCCAGAUGAGGUGGCCCGCCUCUGGGGCCGCAGGAAGUGCAAACCACAGAUGAACUAUGACAAGCUCAGCCGGGCCCUCAGAUAUUACUACAAUAAGAGGAUCCUGCACAAGACCAAAGGCAAAAGAUUCACUUACAAGUUCAACUUCAGCAAGCUCAUCGUAGUCAACUACCCUCUGUGGGAGGUGCGGACACCGCCAUCCCCCCACUUGCUGCUGGGCACCCCUGCCCUGUUUUGGCCAGCGCUGGUGCCCAUGGGCAUACGCAGUGAGCUCCUGCACAGCAUGGUGUUCACCCAUCGGGCCGUAGCGGAGCAGCUGGCCGGGCAGCGGAGCCCCCGAGGGCACCCAGAGGUCUCUGGGGAUAAGAAGGGGAGCAGCAGCAGGGUCCACCGACUUGGCUCUUUCCCAGCCCCAUGCUGGUUUGGCCCUUGCUGCCAUUUGGGGAACCUCCAAGAUGAGACGCCCUGUUUUGCCCCCUUCAUCCCCCCACUCCCACCACCUCACCCCUCUGACUGGACCCGCUUCUCAAGGCCCUUCCUGCCCUCUCUCCCCAUAGAGCAGCAAUUCCCAGGGUCCUCCAAGCCGGACACCCUAUUGCCAGGGCCAGAUGCCCCCCCAGGAGCCCAGCAUCUUCCGGGACUCCCCCUGAUGGCUGGGCUGGGACGGGGGGCUGGUGAGAGGCUCGGGCUCUUGUCCCCUAGGCCGGAGGGGCUGGAGCUAAAGCCUGAUCCCAUGAUGGGGGCAAACGGUCACCUGGUUCGCAGGGAGGGCUUCUCCUCAGAAACACAUGCACCCAAAACUGGGGAGGAAAGUCCUGCGUCCCCCAGUCUGGAGAACUUCAAAGGAGUGUGGCCCUUGAACCCUCCCUAAUGGAGAAGGAAGAGGUAAAGUGGGGGGGGGCUCCCCAAACUCCAUCUCUCCUCUUGUCUAUCUCCCUUCUGGCUUUGCACCUUCCCCUGGCUGGAAACAGAUUUAAAAUGCAGGAGGAUUUGAAGGGAUGGAGUUGAACCCAAGGAGGUGAGAAGGGGUGGUGGACCCCUCCCCUCCUGCCUAAUUGCUAAUCAGAUUAAGAAGACAUUCUUAACCUCACCUUUUUUUUGUGGAAGACAAGAAGAAGGUCUCCAUCCUUUGAAGCAGUCCAUCCCUGCCCUCAUGAAGGGAAAAUUAAGAGUCUGGGCUGGGGAGGGGUCAGGAGUUCAUUUGUUCCCUGAGUGCCAGAGCAAGGGGCCCAUGUCCCUCAUCCCAGCGAAGGUCUCCGGUCUCUCUCCUGCCCCUCCAAGCGCUUCUCUCCCAUCCCUCUGGUUUCUGUGACCCUGGGAGCGCCUGUCCCAUGCACGCACUUCCUUCUAUCUGCAUUUCCCCAGGUCCAAGCAAAUGGGGGGGAGGGACUGGCCCCCCAGCCACAUAACACUCCACUGCCGUCCAUGAAUAAAAUGC